GCUGUUCUGGAUGUAGGGACAGGGAGCGGCAUAUUGGCAAUAUGGUCAGCACAAGCAGGUGCAAGGAAGGUCUAUGCAGUCGAAGCCACCAAGAUGGCAGAACAUGCACGUCAACUUGUUAAAACAAAUGGACUUGAGCAUGUUGUUGAAGUGAUUGAGGGGUCAAUGGAAGAUAUUACUCUGCCCGAGAAGGUUGAUGUAAUCAUUUCAGAGUGGAUGGGAUACUUCCUUCUACGUGAAUCAAUGUUUGACUCAGUUAUCUGUGCUCGUGACCGCUGGCUGAACCCAAAUGGAGUCAUGUACCCAAGCCAUGCUCGAAUAUGGGUUGCACCUAUCCACUCUGGAUUAGUGGAUCAAAAGAAGAUUGAUUAUGAUAGAGCCAUGGAUGAUUGGUACCAUUUUGUCGAUGAGACUCAAACUUUUUAUGGUGUGGAUAUGAGCAGUCUGUCUAAGCCUUUUACAGAGGAACAGAGAAAAUACUAUCUAGAGACAUCAUUGUGGAACAACCUUCAUCCUAAUCAAGUAAUUGGAAAACCUGCUGUCAUAAUGGAAAUUGAUUGUUUAACAUCAAGUGUGAAUGACAUACUCAGUCUUCAGGCAAACAUCUCAUCAUCCAUUACUGCAGAAAACUCACGAUUCUGUGGGUUUGGAGGAUGGUUUGAUGUCCAUUUUCGAGGACGUAAGGAAAGCCCAGCUAAACAUGAGAUUGAGUUGACGACAGCUCCUAGUGAAGACCUCGGAACACACUGGGGGCAGCAGGUGUUCUUGUUACAUCCAUCCAUACGUGUUAGCCAAGGGGAUGAAAUGACAAUUAAUUUCUCAAUGUAUCGCUCUAAAGAAAACCAUCGGUUGUUGGAAGUUGAGUUUGGCUGUGAGCUUAGACAAUCUUCUGGGAAGUCACUUCCAUCAUUCAGCAAAAAGUUUCACAUAGAAUGAGGAACACAGCAUGCUUUUUCAGAGUGUCAUGUCUAAAGGCCAAUGGGAGGAACGCAAGUGGCAUCCAAGAGUCCCUGAGAAAGAAAUUCAGCCAUUUCUGCAGCUAACUUAUGCUGUUGUACUUGGCAAGUUUACCUUUGUUAAUUUCUCAACUUGUCUUGCCCUAGACUCUUGUACCCCCCUCCAACAAACAUGUCUCUUAAAUUUUUUUGCAUCGUUCUUCAUUUUUGGUUCGGGCCUGGAGACAAGGAGGUUUUCCUGGGGGUUUAGGGGUUUUCGAGCGCUUUGUUCAGUAUGCAAAAAUCACUCGUCCCCACAUUUUGUGCGGGAAAUGUUGUAUCUAAAGCCGGAAUUACUGCUAUGUAUUCUCAUCAAUGUGUUAGUACAAUGUACUCUUGUGAAGGUGUUAGUGCUAUCUUUUCUAGCCACUUCAAUUUAAAA